AUGUGGCUGAUGAGCAUGAAGCUCAACAAGGCAGACAUUCAACCUGCCUGCCAGCUGCCGGUGUCUCCUAACCCCAAGAGUAAAAAAGUGGUUUCUGGGGAGGGAAGCACCUGCAGGAAAGCUUGUAUCAGCGGAAGGCACAAAAACAACAGACAGCGGCAGCCCAGGAACUCCUUUUUCAGGCCACAGAAGAGGCAAAAAGGAAAGAAAAGGAGUGUUCUGGAGUUGUCUGCAGAUGUAAGAGACAAUGACUAUUCACUCCUCAAUAGCUCCUAUUCCUGGGGUAGAGUUCGAGCACUUCUGUCCUUCCAUAAGAAGAAGAAAGUUACCACAGAAGACAGUUCCUACAACAGGAGCUUUGGUACCCCUUCUGUGAAGUCCCUGCUUUCAGAGCACCAAGCAAACCUGUCUGCUAAGGCUCAGUGCUCAGCUUGUUCUGUUUCCUCCAUAGUCCUGCUGGCUCCCUGGAAUUCCUCUUCUGUCCUGGAGCUAACGCUUACAGAUGCAGAGAAGGUGUUUCAGGAAUGCUACCAGGAGGGGCCUAUUGCUUUUGAGGAUUGUAUUCCUUUAGAUAAGAUGAAAGAUUGCAAGAAAAUUGGAGAAGGGGUAUUUGGAGAGGUCUUCCAGAUAGACAGUGAGAGAGGGCCUGUGGCCUUAAAAAUAAUUCCCAUUGAGGGGAGUGAAAGAAUAAAUGGUGAAGUUCAAAAGAGCUUUGGAGAGAUUCUGCCCGAGAUAAUAAUUUCAAAAGAACUCAGUCUUCUGUCUGAGGAGUCUGUGAAUAGGACUGUUGGGUUCAUCAGCCUGUACUCUGUGCAUUGUGUUCAAGGGGCCUAUCCUAAGUAUCUCCUGGAAGCCUGGGACAAAUACCACAAAGUAACAGGAUCAGAAAAUGAUCGGCCAGACCUUUUUGGGGACAAGCAGCUCUUCAUGGUUCUGGAGUUUGAAUUUGGAGGCAGUGACUUGGAGAAAAUGAGGAACAAGUUCUCUUCAGUGGCAGCGGCAAAAAGCAUUUUGCAGCAGGUCACUGCUUCCCUGGCUGUGGCAGAACAAGAACUGCACUUCGAGCACAGGGACUUGCACUGGGGGAACGUGCUGGUCAAGAAAACAGAUGCCAAGGAGCUUGAGUAUGUGUUGAAUGGGGAGACCCACACAAUCCCCACAGCAGGGUUCCACGUCAACAUCAUCGACUACACCCUGUCGCGCCUGGAGAAGGACGGGCUGACUGUGUUCUGUGACCUGUCCACUGAUGAAGAGCUGUUCCAAGGCACAGGGGACUACCAGUUUGAUAUCUACAGGGAGAUGAGAGCAGCAAACUCCAACAGCUGGACUGACUAUCACCCGCACAGCAACGUCCUCUGGCUGCACUACCUGUCAGGUAAAUUUUUGAGAGACAUGUGCUACAAGAAAAAGGAAUCCACUGCUGCCCUGAGGAAAACAAAGAAGGAGCUGGUGAAGUUCCACAAAGAAGUGCUGACCUUUGAGUCUGCCAAUGAUGUUUUGCAGAACAGCAGUCUCUUCCAGUGA